AUGCCGCGCCGCACGCGCCGCUUAGUAGAGAAAAAGAUUGAAAAAUACUUGUUUGUAGACAUCCCUUCAGGUAACGAGAGCAUUUGUAGCUAUGAAGAUGACAAAGAAGAGGCAGAAAAUCAGCCAAAUCCGAUGGUGCUAAGUGAUUUGAUUGGAGUUCAAAUUGCUCUUUGUCUUGCCGGUCACAACGGAAUCCUGAUUCUACAGAGUCUAAUAAUUAUGCCGCGCCGCACGCGCCGCUUAGGAGAGAAAGAGAUUGAAAAAUACUUGUUUGAAGACAUCCCUUCAGGUAACGAGAGCAUUUGUAGCUAUGAAGAUCACAAAGAAGAGGCAGAAAAUCAGCCAAAUCCGACGGUGCUAAGUGAUUUGAUUGGAGUUCAAAUUGCUCUUUGUCUUGCCGGUCACAACGGAAUCCUGAUUCUACAGAGUCUAAUAAUAACUGCAGUCCUCUUCACGCCCAGACCAAGACAAGCUGAUUCUGAAAGAAUUCAGGCGAGAAGUAUACUGGAGCCUACUGGCACCAGCUAA